AUGCGAUCAGAAAAUUCUCGACUGAAAUCUGAGAGAAGAGCGCAGCAGCGGAUGAUGGCGAAUCCUUAUACGUGUGAAGCGCAGCUCGAUGAACUUGUACCCGGUGAUACUGUAAAGGAUUUUGCUUAUAUAUCUGAGGAGAACUUCGUUCUUGUGGUUCUUUUAACUUCACAAGGUGAUGUGCAAACAUACUGCAAAUUGGCAAACGACAAGCCCCGACGUAGUUUGAUCCGUCGGCAUUCUCUAUGGAGCCAAGAAGUAGAUCUUGUCUCCGUUUGCUUAGGGCCGGAAGCUACUUUCGUAGUGUUUGGACUUGCAGACGGGAAUGUUCUACUGACACCGAUCAAGAAUUUAAUGGAUGUUCCGUGGGGAGGCUCAAGAUGGCUGCCUGAACAGAGUUCCAUUCUUAUUUCCUUAGCCAGUCCAGGAGUAGAGGAAUGCCUCGUCGCUCCAACAUGCAUGCAGUGUUUUGUCACGCGAAACCCACCGCGGCCCCUUCUCGUCCUUUCUAACAAGGCUGGCGCUGUAUUGUUGGUGGAUUUGAGCACUAGAAAAUGCAUAGCUGAACUAAGCGCACCGCAAAGUAUACGCGAAGUUGAAGUCGUGCAGACAAGUGAUACCACUGAUAUUUUGCUCACUAGUUUCACAGACGCUCAGUGGAUCAUCCCACUUGAAAACGGUGGACGAUGUUUAACAGAAGUUUUAACGACUUGUAUUCCGUCAGAAUUCAAAAAGACUGAGCCGUCCUCUUCUCAUCUUCGUCUCUGCGCAGAGGGUAUCACUGUACUUGACAGCGUUGGUUGCUUCGUAGAACUCCACAAUGGACUUUCUGCUGUCGGAGCAGUUCCAAAAAAGCGAUAUAAGGUACCACCUGACACUUGGAUGGUUCACUACACUUCCAACGUCCUAUUUACAGUUUCUAAACAAGCAGAAGUGAGGAGCGCAGUGCAUUUCGGAUUAAAUGCUGUGCGACUGGAGUUUUCAGUAGUGAGAGGUGCUUGCGAAUGCCGACCACUAGGAUUUGUGUCGUUAUCGUCGAGACCAGCUCGCUUACCAUCGUGCCUACUCAUCAAUGAGAGGGGACUGAUCCGUGUUCAGCAGAGUGCAUCCAGCCCGUUGGAGAACGUCGCCGCCGAAUUUCUUUUCCGACUUCCUUCUUUUUCGUUGUCCUCGAUUCAACAAGUUGCCAAGGCGUGCUUCAUUGACGGAUCCCAACUGCAGCGCAGCGUGCUUCCAACCUUAUUGUCGGCUCGACGUGGAAAGACGUUGUCGCCUUCUGAUCUUUCUCAUCUACUCUUUAUGGCUAAAGCUGUCGAGAUCAGCAUGGACGAUCUCGUGGAUCUUUUCGCUUGUUAUCAGCAGGAGGAACAUUUGCUGCCUGAGCUUUUGCGAGUGGUAGAAGCUGACAGUCGAUCUCCGCUGCGAAAGCGUGUGGUUGACCUAUACGUCCGAAAAAGCGAAAUACUGACUGCAAAGUCUAGCGAGGAGUCAUGUAGUAUAGCUGAUGCUCGUCUGAACAUCGAUAAUGAACUCAGUACCUUCUUAUCACGACAUGCUGACAUCGAUAGCGGGGCUAAACGUUGUGCUGAAGCUGAGCUAUGGAGAAGUGCAACAUUGUUGGCAUCCCGUCAAGGGACAAGCCAAAUCGAUGUUGUUCGUGUAUUGAUUCGAAAUGGUUCGAAACAGUCGGCAACUGCGGGAACUUCGACGCGGUCUUUGAUGAUCACUUGUGCAUCUAACCUUGAUUGGAGUGAAUUGACUGACCAAGAAGUAGGUGUACUUAUUUCUCUUCUAUGCGAAUGGCAAGCUUCACUGAACUCCAUAGCUCAUCAUGAAAUUUGUAUGAGUGUAGCAAUAAAAUACGCUCCGAGGUUUCCAAAGCACUGCUCCAUUCUGUACCUAAUCUCUGCCAUGUACAUAAUUAGCGACAAAGCGGUGUGGAACCAGGAAAGCAGUGCCGUCCACAGAAGCAUUAGCUGUGGUAUCAACGGCUCUGUAGCUAUCACUUCAAAUGGACAAUUGGUCAUUUGGGGAGACUUUACGAAUCAACAGCAUCGGCCACUCGAGAGCACAGAAGUUAACAAAACAUCUCGCAAGACACCUGUAGAAGUGUCGUCUAGUCCUAAAAAGUCGCAUGCUCAACAGUUGCCUCAUCCGGUACACAUAGAAGGACGCCCCCGUUUUGUUUGCUGUGGGGCUGAACAUAUUUUGGUUCUCACAACUGCUGGUCGUCUCUUUGCUUGGGGAAGAAAUCGCUUUGGUCAAUGUGGAGUUGGGCACUGCAAGCAGGUCUUUGAGCCGGAAGUAGUAGAAGGGAAUUGGGGACCAAUUCGUGAAUUAUCUGCCGGUCAGUUUCACUCUGCCAUUCUCAAUACGAAAGGACAAUUAUGGAUGUUUGGCUGGGGCGUAUGGGGUCAGCUAGGCUUGGGUGGCCGUCAUAUCAAGGAUUGUCAUUCACCGACACCGGUUACACAGCUGAAAGAGCCGAUCAAAGCUGUCAGCUGCGGUCGUGUUCAUACUGUCCUACUCACGGAAUCCGGGACGAUACUUGUCGCUGGAGGUGGUAGUUAUGGUCAAAUGGGAACUGAUGAAGAUGUUAGGAAACAGUAUGCUUUCCGACCUCUUCCCAUUGAUGCAAAUUUGAAAUUCGUAAAAAUUGCUACAAGUUUCUACCAUUCAAUUGCGAUCACGGAUGAAGGGCGAAUAUUCGAGUGGGGUCGAAAUCCACAAGAAGUGAAAAUGCGUAUGUUUGUUGUUAGACGGUUGCGAAUGGCUCAGUUGAAAAGAAUGGCGGAUGAAGAAGGAGAAGAAAUGCCUUCACCCAACAUGGAGAAACCGAAAAUCUUACUCCCAAUGGACGCUCCUCGUGAUGAUUUGGGUGUUCGAGAAGUUCUACACUUACUCGAUGGUCGUGUAACCGAAGCAGCAACUGGUCUUUCCCAUUCAGCAGUGGUCACCGAUCAAGGAUCGUUGUUCACAUGGGGCAAGGGUCUUGACUACCAACUCGGACAUGGAAACAAAACGGAGCGCAGCGAGCCUCAUAUCCUAUUCGAUCCUCGCGAUGUUAAAUGGGAACUUGUUGCUUGCGGUGGAAACCAUACCAUCGCUGUGUCCAAGGAUGGUCGUACGUUUGGAUGGGGACGGAAUGAUUUCGCUCAGUGUGGUGUUCCCUCAGACAAAACGUCUACGCUUACUCGAAAAUAUUUCUACCAAACGCCAAAAGAUGGAUCCGUCAAACGGUGCGUAUCGUUGCCAGAUGAUUCGGUUUAUAUAACUAAACCUACUCUGAUCCCAGAAGUCGAGCUAAUGUUUCCUAACGAAGUUGGUGUUGCUUCAUCAUUUGAUCAAAAGCAGCUCAUGACCCAUCUCAGAACGUCUGAUCUACCGACGCUUCAGGCUGUAUCCCGGCACUUUCUCGCUCAUCAGUCUAAUGACACGAAAACAAAGUGCUCUAAUGUUGAUCGUUCGGUUCCCAUUGCUCUCGUUCAUCUCAUGUCCGGCAAUGUCCUCUCGGCUAUCGAACAAAUUGGAAGAGCGAGAGAGGCUGCUGUUGAUUCCCAGGUCGAUCCUGCCCUACUUACCGUUGCUGGACUAGCCUGGGAAGUGGUGGCGAACCAUGAGGACUGUCAAUCUCGACAGAUCCUUACGGCGGCAUUCAAAUGUUUGCCCAUAACAACAACUCAAAAACGUAGUAGUCAGCUGCGUCGCCUCUGGCCAAUGGUAUGGAAUGAACUUGGCGUUCAAGAGCGGAUUUCUGUCGAAGAGAAACUCGAUCUCUUACAAACAUGGAUUGCUCCUACAAAAAAUGUGACGAAUGUUGAGAUUCCUGGCGCUGCACUCCGUUCUGCCAGUAAUAACUCUUUUCCACGAGUACGUGUUUGGGCGCGCUGUAACCAUGUCGAGCCGGCUGUGAUAGGUGUCGCUUCAUCUGACUGCAACGCAUGUGCAGAGGAAUGGACAGAAACAGUUCGCACAACAUUAGAGUAG